UUUUCUCUGGCCAGGGGCUAGAUUAUGAAACUCCAAGGAAGUUUCAUAACCCUUCCCGCGCCCUUUUAGUAGGCGAGUUCCAAGGCAGGACGAGGCGCCUGGUCAGCAGCAAGUGCUUUAUCAGGGGGAGGUGCAGCCUAGGCCACAGGAGCGCAGGGACUGGACAGAAUGCCCUCAGAGAAGCAGUCAAAGAACAAGAAAUGGUUGAAAACAUUUGAGAAUCCUUCAGAAAAGGAGGCAAAAUCAACUGGGAAAAGGAAACGAGAUCAGGUGGAACUGGAAAAUGAGUUGCGAACAAAGAAAUUGCUUGUCAGAAAAAUCAACAAGUUUCCAGAGAAAACGGGUCAAACUUUCCAUGCCUCCAUAAUCAGAAAUACUGGAGUGCCUUUUCAUCAGCGAGAGAUGCAGAAGAGCAUUGUCCAUUAUGUCUACCAGAAUGUGCUGGGUUCCUCUGUUGGGGUACAGCUCAAGAAGCAGUGUCUCCAGAUGCAUUUUAUACGUUCCCUCAAGCAAUACCGCUUGUUCAGAACUGCAAGUCCCUUUGAUAGGAGAGUUACAUGUUUGGAGUGGCAUCCAGCGCAUCCCAGCACAGUUGCUGUGGGCUCCAAAGGUGGAGAUAUCAUCCUGUGGGACUAUGAAGUGCUCAAUAAAACCUGCCUCAUAAAAGGGAUGGGAGCUGGAGGGUCCAUCACAGGAAUGAAGUUUAACCCUUUUAAUCCUAGUGAGCUGUACACAUCAUCAGUUGCUGGAACUACUGUCCUCCAGGAUUUUAAUGGGAAUACAAUCCGGGUCUUCACCAGUACCGACGACUGGGAUUUCUGGUACUGCAGUGUAGAUGUAUCUGCAAAUUGCCGGGCUGUGGUGACAGGUGAUAAUAUGGGCAACGUCGUCCUACUCAGUACAGAGGGUGAAAAGAUAUGGAACCUGAAACUGCACAAAAGGAAAGUAACUCAUGUGGAGUUUAAUCCUAGCUGUGAUUGGCUUUUGGCUACAGCCUCUGUAGAUCAAACUGUCAAAAUCUGGGAUCUGAGGAACAUAAAAGACAAGUCAUGUUACCUUCAUGCACUUCCUCAUGACAAAGCUGUCAAUGCAGCUUAUUUCAGCCCAACAGAUGGUUCUAAGCUACUGACUACUGACCAGCACAGUGAAAUCCGGGUUUAUUCCUCUUUUGAUUGGUCCAAACCACAGCAUCUGAUUCCACAUCCUCAUCGGCAAUUUCAGCAUCUCACACCUAUUAAGGCAACAUGGCAUCCUCGUUAUAACCUCAUUGUAGCUGGUCGUUAUCCAGAUCCUAAGUUCCCAGGAUACACAGUAGAUGAGCUGCGAACUGUCGAUAUAUUUGAUGGAGACAGUGGGGAAAUGGUGUGCCAGCUGUAUGAUCCAAAUGCAUCUGGCAUUAUUUCGCUCAGUAAGUUUAACCCUAUGGGAGACACACUUGCCUCUGGAAUGGGUUUUAAUAUUCUGAUCUGGAGCCGGGAGGAAAUGGUAACCAGAAAACAAGAGUGUCUCAUGCAAGCUAUGACAGAGCAGGGAAUUGGAGGCAGGAGUUUAUCUCGGCAAAGAGGACAGAGGCAAUCAAGCACUGGAACAAGUAGACUCAGAACUAAACUACUCAGUCUGGAUUUUGAGGGAAGCAAAACAAAGAGCAAGGAAUGCACAUUACAGAAGAAACGGAAAGGAAAGGAUUCAGAGGACUGACUAGGCAAGCAUCUAUAGUGCUGAUUAGAGCAAAGUCCAUGCUGGACAACAGUGGCUUCAGAGGGAAUGAGCCCGUUAGUCCAUCUUCCCUGGUUCUGAUGGAUGUUCCUGUGUUGGAAAAGCAAGAAGUCUGGUUUUGUUUUUUUUAACCAGCAGCAAGGAAUGGGAGCAUAGUCAUGUGCUUUUUGGUGCUGCUGCUUCUGUGCAUAGCUGCUGAGUUUUAGUCAUCUGGGAUACAGUAUAAUGCAAUGAGCUAGGCUAUGCUGACAGUGCAGUUUGUAUUUCAGAACUGGCUGUCUUCUGUUCAGUAUAUUGAGCAACCUGGGUGUUUUUCCCUCCUAUGCUGGGCUCAAAAUGCAAGAUUUUUUUUCUUCUUCAAAGAGGAACAUGGGGAUUCUUUCCCAGCACUCUUCCCCAAGCAGGCAUAGCUUGAGUCUGUUGUUAACAUAAAGGCAUUUGCUUGCUGUGUUAGCUCUUGUUACAAAACUGCCUGGGGUGUGGGUGUACAAAUGCAGAGCCAACUUGACGUGACUGGCAGAAGCCAAGGUGCAGCUGCUGCUAGUGGGAAUUUCAUAUUUGUUCCCUUAUUCACUUUAUGCUCACGAUAUCAAGAUGUUAAAUAAAGUUUUGUA